AUGCUUGCUAACAUAGCCGCUGGCGCAGCAGUCAUUCUAGGAUACCAUCUGUCGCAGACCAAGCCCAAGCGGUCUGGAUGGGAAACCCUUCUGCCCACCAGUUGGGUAGAGGAAAGGAAGAGGGGGAUUAUCCCCAGCUCGUUGAGUCUCAUGGAUGUUCUUUGGAUUGCGCCACUCUGUGUUUUGAUGUACUGGGCGGCGAAGAGUAUAGCCACUCACUAUGGACAUGGCCUGGUCUUUCGGGAUAUCAACCGCACGCUUCGCGAACUCACUGAGGACGUCCAGACAGAAGCUACCAAUACAAAGAAUGGAGUGAGCGGGAACUCAUCUAGCUCUGAUUCUCCGGUUGAUAAGUCAUGCGAGAUGGCGAAGACCCUUCGACAGUCUGGCCAAAGCGAGAUUCAGCACUCGAGACAACGGCCUGGGAAGUCAGCCGAACCCAACGAAGCGAAGGAAGCCGCUAGUAUUGCGGGCCCAAUUCGUCCUUGGAGAAGAGGCAAUCGGAAGGUCAAGCACAGGCCCGGGCUCAAGAACAAGCGCAAGCCCAAGAACAAGCACGAGCACGAUCUCAGGAACAAGUUGAGCUCGAAGUUGAAGCUGAAGUUUAUUCCCAUACAAUUCACCGUCCUCGUUACAACGGCCAUCGCCGCGCUCAAAGCCAUUUCCAAGACUACGUCCAACAUCAUAACGUCCACGGCGAUUUCGCUCAUCGCGCUCACCGCGCUCACCAGCAGCACAGGAACAACUACCACCAAGCCCAUUUCCCCCCUCCCUUCAUAG